AGAGACCUGAACCGUGAGAGAGACCUGAACCGAGAGAGAGACCUGAACCGAGAGAGAGACCUGACCCGAGAGGGAGCCCUGACCCGAGAGAGAGACCUGACCCGAGAGGGAGCCCUGACCCGGAGAGACCUGCACCAUGGCUCAGUGUGGAUCAUCCUGCGGCCCCGGAUUCAAGACGCCUCUGGACGCCAUGAAAGGUGCCCGGGAGGAGCUGAUGUAUGUGGUGUGUAUCUAUCGGAACACUGGGAUUGACAAGCCGGACUACUUGGCCUCUGUGGAUGUAAAGCCCGGAUCUGCCACAUACUCCCAGGUCAUUCACCGUCUGCCGAUGCCCAAUGUGAACGAUGAGCUGCACCACUCGGGCUGGAACACCUGCAGCAGCUGCUUUGGGGACCCCUGUAAAGUGAGGAACAAGCUGAUCCUGCCUUGUCUCACUUCCUCCCGGACCUAUGUGGUGGAUGUGGGAACUGACCCACGGGCCCCUCGCCUCCACAAGGUGGUGGAAGCUGAGGAGGUGCGGAAGAAGUGUGGUCUGGUGGAUCUGCACUCCUCUCACUGCCUGGGCUCUGGGGAAAUCAUGAUCAGUGCUCUGGGAGACCCUGAAGGAAAUGGCAAAGGAGGCUUCGUCUUGCUGGAUGGGGAGACAUUUGAAGUAAAAGGGAACUGGGAAGUGGAAGGACAAGCAACACCGUUCGGCUACGACUUCUGGUAUCAACCGCGGCACAACGUCAUGAUCAGCACCGAGUUUGGGGCUCCGAAAGCUUACCGUAACGGAUUUAAGAUGGAAGACGUAGCAGCAGGACACUAUGGCCGCCAUAUACACGUGUGGGACUGGACCAAGCACACCCGUAUACAGAGCCUGGACCUGGGAGAGGACGGCAAAACCCCCACAGAAAUCCGCUUCCUGCACAAUCCAGACGCUCAGGAGGGCUUUGUUGGCUGCCCCCUCAGCAGCUCUGUUUUCCGAUUCUUUAAGACAAAGGAUGGUAAAUGGGCUGCGGAGAAGGUGAUCCAGGUGCCAGCCAAGAAGGUCCAGGGAUGGGCAUUACCUGAGAUGCCAGGUCUGAUCACUGAUAUCCUGCUCUCACUGGAUGACCGCUAUCUGUACCUCAGUAACUGGCUGCACGGUGACCUCAGGCAGUAUGACAUCAAGGACACCAGUCACCCUAAGCUGGUGGGACAGAUCUUUCUGGGGGGCAGCAUUCUGAGCGGAGGUCCGGUGACUGUGCUGGAGGACAAAGAGCUGAAAUGUCAGCCUGAUCCAGUGACGGUAAAGGGUCGGAGGGUCUCUGGGGGUCCUCAGAUGUUCCAGCUCAGCCUAGACGGGAAGAGGAUCUAUGUGACUUCAUCUCUGUUCAGCACCUGGGACAAACAGUUCUACCCUGACAUAAUCCGGGACGGCUCCGUCAUGCUGCAGAUUGAUGUGGACACAGACAAGGGAGGCCUCCAGCUGAACCCCGACUUCAUGGUGGAUUUUGGGAAGGAGCCGGAUGGUCCGGCCUUGGCUCAUGAGUGUCGCUAUCCAGGAGGUGAUUGCAGCUCCGACAUCUGGAUAUAGGGGGCGUCAUCACCCCUACCCCCCCCCCCCCCCAUACCCCACUGCUCUGAAUGAUUCCAUCCCCCUUUACGCAUACUACCUUCUAAUGUGAUUGUACUACUACUCCCAGCAUGCUGCCUGCUGGUCUCAUCGUCCGCUCGUCCUCACAGGUUAUGAGCUUUCACUUACAUUGAUUAUUGAGAUUUCAGAAUAAAUUGUCCCAUAACCGACCUGAAUCCGGGUGGUAAAGAUGGCGGCUGUGACGUGUCGGCUCCAGGGCUGCAGGUUUAUAAUCAGAAGAUAAUACAGAUGUGGACAUCGCUAGUCCCUCACAUUAAAGGGGUACUCCAGGGAGCCUAACCCAUAGCCCAUCCUUUCCCUCUCACCAACCUAUUUACUUGUCUAAAUAUCAUUUAUUAGAUAUAUAGAGCAGUUUCCCCUCUUUUGUUGUCACUUAUAUCCAGGGAGUGGGGAAAAAAUGUCAUCCAGCCAUCCACUGUGUCUCUGAAAGUACCCCCACCCUCCUGAGAGACACAGACCAUGUGGUCUCUGCCCUGCACUGAUGAGUCAUGCUCCCUUCAGUGCUAGGAGGUGUGUGCAGCCUCAGCCAAUCACACACUGUGUCUCUCUGCUCACAGAACAGGAUGGUGGGAGCUGCUCUCAGAGAGGGAGAUUGCCCGCAGUUAGAGCAGAACUGCAAUGACUCCCUGAUGAAGCGGCCUCUGGGUAAGCAUGUGUGUAUGUGUCUCUCCACAACAGGUUGCCUUGUUUUACUUUGUGGCGUCCAUGCGGGGUUCCCUCAGUAGAGUUUUCUGUACUGAGGUAUGUAUCAUAACCAUAGCUGCUGUGGAUUGACACAUUCACCAUAUUGUUUGGUGUUACAUGUUGCAGGUCCAUUUCUCUUGUGCAGUAUUAUUUUUAUAUGUAAUAAAGGGGUAUUCCAGUGGAAAACAAAUGUUUUCAAAUCAACGAAUGCCAUAAAAAUCUUAAUCCUUCCAGUACUUAUCAGCUGCUGUA